AUGGCUAUGAAAAGCUUCAAUAGAACUGAACGAGUCAUUGGGACAACAUGCAUCUUUUGGCUCCAAGGAAGAUGCAACAGAAACCCGUGUAAGUUUCUGCACAGUGAAACACCAUCAAUUCUGUCAACUGGUUCUUGUAGAGAUGAUACUGCAUUAUAUCAUAAUGCAAGGAAGCGUUGUCAUAUAUCUUCUGAGUCUGCGAAAACGGUCUCACGUAGAAAAACAGGAAAUGACAUGUUGCCUCCCAAGCAUACUACUAAGAAUAAGGUCUGGAAUAGAAAUCUCCCCAAGCAUACUACUAAGAAGGUCUUGAAUAGAAAUAUGGGAGAUGAAGUUCCUCAAAAGCAUACUACUAAGAAGGUCUUGAAUAGAAAUAUGGGAGAUGAAGUUCCUCAAAAGCAUACUACUAAAAAUAUGGGCGAUGAAGUUCCUCAAAAGCAUACUACUAAAAAUAUGGGAGAUGAAGUUCCUCAAAAGCAUACUACUAAAAAUAUGGGAGAUGAAGUUCCUCAAAAGCAUACUACUAAAAAUAUGGGAGAUGAAGUUCCUCAAAAGCAUACUACUAAAAAUAUGGGAGAUGAAGUUCCUCAAAAGCAUACUACUAAGAAGGUCUUGAAUAGAAAUAUGGGAGAUGAGAGAGAAAGGACACAAGUUCCUCAAAAGACUUCAAUAAGUAUCUGCAAAUAUUGGAUGAAUGACAACUGUGUUCAUGGUGAUCAGUGCCGGAAUUUACAUUCAUGGUCUUAUGGCGAUGGGUUUGCCACAUUAGCAAAGCUUCAAGGACACAAGAAGCUUGUCACCGGAAUUGCACUUCCAAAUGGAUCAGAAAUACUAUAUUCUGGCAGCACUGACGGGACACUUCGGUCAUGGGACUGCCAUACCGGUCAAUGCGCCAAUGUGAUGAAUCUUGGUGCCGAAGCUACCUCUUUGAUUAGUGAAGGCCCAUGGAUUUUUGUUGGUCUUCCUAACACUGUCAAGGCCUGGAAUACUGAGACUGCUUCACAGUUUACACUUGAUGGACCUAAGGGACGAGUACUUUCCAUGACUGUUGGCAACGAUACACUCUUAGCUGGAGCAGAGGAUGGUGUAAUUUCUGCAUGGAAAGGCAGCUCUAAAUCCAAUUCCCCUUUUGAACUGGUUGCAUCCCUACGCGGUCACACUAAAUCUGUAGUUUGCCUGAUUGUUGGGGUUGUCAAGAUGCUGUUCUCAGGAUCCAAGGAUCAAAGCAUUAAGGUUUGGGACCUAGACACAUUUGAAUGUAAAAUGACACUCAAUGCGCAUACAGACGAAGUCACAUCCCUUCUUUGUUGGGACAAUUUCUUGUUAUCCGGUUCAUCAGACUGCACUAUCAAGGUCUGGUAUAAAACCGAGGCAGAAACUUUGGAAGUUGCAUAUUCACACAAAUUAGAAAAUGGUGUGGUUGCACUCUCUGGGAUGACUGAUCCAAAGAUUAAGCCUAUAUUGUUCUGCUCUACUAGAGACAAUUCAGUUCGCCUCUAUGAAUUGCCAUCAUUUGCUGAGAGGGGUAGAUUGUUUGCUAAGCAAGAAGUUGGGUUAAUCGAUAUUGCUCCUGAUGGACUCUUCUUCACUGGAGACAGAACUGGACUGCUGACUGUCUGGAAAUGGGAAGAGCCCAAGGUUGAAGUUGUAGCAUCCUCUUGA